CGGAUUGGAGCGCGGCGUUUCCACCCGGUCGGCUUUUGCAGCGACACCGGCUCCUGCUGCGGGUGGAGGGACGGACGGACAGAGACAGACGGGACCCCCCCCCGACCCCCCCCACGCCGGGGCCGUCACAGGGCGCCAGAGCCCGCAGGGGGCGGCACAUGGCCCCGGGGCGCAGGGGGGCGCCGGGCGCGUAGAGCCUGGACCGGUGCCGCCCCCCCCCACGCCUGGACCGGAUCGGACCGGUGCCGCCCCCCCCAGCCUGGACCGGACCUGUGCCGCCCACCCCCAGGCGGUUCCGGAUCGGUUCCGUCCCCCUCAGUCUGGACUGGACCGGUACCACCAAAUCCAACCGGGUUUGGAUCGGUACCGCCCCCAGCCUGGACCGGACCUGUGCCGCCCCCCCCUAGCUGGAUCCCUCCCCGGGCCCGGCUCGGAGCCGGCCCCAGCACUGCCAUGAGCUGAGGGCACCGUGCCCGGCGCUGGCCCGGCCGGCCAUGUGGGCACCAGAGCCGCGAUGAGCCCGGGGACGGGACACUGGGCACAGGUACCUGGGAAGACGCUCUGAACAGGUCCCGCCAGCGGGGGGUGCCGCCCGCCCCAUGGAUCUCCAUCCCUUCGGCCCGCGCCCCCCCAGGGACGGAACCGCUGACCCCCGGCACCAGCCCCCGGCCCGGGAGGAGCCGUCCGGGCGCCGGCUCAAACUGGAGGAGGACGAGGAGGCUGGGCGGCCGCGGGCCCCCCGGGCCCCACCCUGGCCCCCUGGCCCUGGGGAGGCUGGGCCGGAGCAGGGCGAGGCCGCGCGCUACGGCCGCUACCUGCUGAUCGACAGCCAGGGGCUGCCCUACACGGUGCUGGUGGAGGAGGCGGGCGCGGCGGGCGAGCGAGCGGGGCUGCGGAAGGUGUACUGCUGCCCCGUGUGCUCCCGCACCUUCGAGUACCUUUCCUAUCUGCAGCGGCACAGCAUCACCCACUCGGAGCACAAGCCCCACGUCUGCCGGGCCUGCGGCAAGGCCUUCAAGCGCACGUCCCACCUGGAGCGGCACAAGUACACCCACGCCGGGCGCAAGCCCCACCAGUGCCCCAUCUGCCAGCGCAGCUUCCGCGACGCCGGCGAGCUGGCCCACCACCAGCGCGUGCACACGGGCGAGCGCCCCUUCCAGUGCGAGGACUGCCACAUGCGCUUUGGCGAGCGCAACACGCUCCAGCGGCACAUCCGGCGCAAGCACCGCCAGCAGCCGCCCACGCCCUGACGGGCAUGGGGAGCCCCGGAGCCGGACCGGCGCCGCCCUGACGGGCACGGGGAGCCCUGGAGCCGGACCGGCGCCGCCCUGACGGGCACGGGGAGCCCCGGAGCCGGGCCGGCGCUGCCCUGACGGGCACGGGGAGCCCCGGAGCCGGACUGGCAACUCCCCAUGGGUUAGCCGUGUAGCAGCCCUUGUCCCACAUGGGUCUACUGUACCCCCACACCCUGUCUAGGGGAGGGAGGCGUGCCCUGUAUCUCUGUGGGCAGCCCCCCGUGCCCUAGCCCAAGGCAUUGGCCUCCUCACAGAUGCCCCCCACGGCGCCCCAUGACAGGCUGCCCCUCGCAGAUAGGGCAGGGCAGCCUGGAUCAGGUCAAUCCGAGCCCAUGUGGGUCCUGGAGCACUCGGGUAAAUACGGGACUUAUCGGUGGUAAUUCACUAGGGGGCAGGGAAUGGGGCAUAAGGCCUUUCCCCUCUAGGGGGCGCUGGCUCCCAUCCAGCCCCAGGGUGGGGACUGGCUGGCUCAGGGGGCAGGAAAUGGGGCCCAGGGCCUUUCCCCUCUAGGGGGCUUCAGCUCCCAUCUGGCCCCAGGGCAGGGACUGGCUGGCUCAGAGGGGCAGGGAAUGUGGCACGGGGCCUGUCCCCUCUAGGGAUAGAUAGCUUAGUCCUACAGCCAGUGGUUGGGGGGAGGAGGGGGAUUGUCCUGGCCACCCCCAUAGAGGGUCGCAGUGACUCUACAUUCCCUAGAAAUAGGCUCAUAUUGCUCCUCAUGGCCCAUCUACCCUGUAUCCGGCCCUCUCCUGCUCCCUGGAGCAGCCCCACUGGCCUAUGAAACCUGGUAUUCCACCCCCUCCCUGCCCCCGGAUCAGUCCCAGAGGCCCAUCUGCCCCGGUAUCCUGCCUCAAACAGCGACCAACGGCUGGGGGCCAUCACGGAAGGCCCACCAUGCACUGGGACCAAUCUUCACAUCAUGUUUUUCGGUCUGGCGCCCCCAAAUAGCUGCAGGUGGAGGCAGGGGAGUGGGACGCCCCCCCAAGGACUCCCCACCUCCCAAUCGCCCCGGAGAAGGAAAUCCAACGACAGAACUGGACCCACAGGCCAUCAAGCCCAGAUCACUCCAAGGUGCCCGGCCUGGCCACCUGCUCCCUCUCCACAGCUCCGAUUUACGGUGGAAUCUUCGUUAUCUUGGUUUUUUAAUUAUUAUUAUUAAUUAAAACACUUUUUUUUUGGUUGUU